AUGUACUGUAAACAAAAACAGAAAUCACCAGAAUCUGGAUCCUCUUCUCCAGUCAAACAGCUGCUUGAUGAACCAGAGACAGUCAACACCAUAGACACUGGGUAUGGAAGCCUUUACAAUGUGGCCUGUCUGAGUGAUGAAAAAAUCUGGACAAGUGGACUUGACAACACCAUGAAACUCUCCAGCAUCAAUCUGAGAUCACUACUCAAGUCAAUCACAACCAAGUCAGGUACCUCCUCUGGUGACCUCCUGGUUAUCAUGGACAGUGAUGGUUACCCAUACAAAACAAAAGUUGUCUGUUACUCUGGAUCCAGAGAGAAACAAACCAUUCAAUUUGAUGAUAAAGGUUCACCUCUCUAUUCAUCUGGUCCUUUUAACAGAUACAUAACUGAGAACAGGAACCUGGAUAUAUGUGUGUCUGACAUUAGAGCAGUAGUGGUGGUCAAUCAGGCCGGGAAUUUGAGAUUCAGGUUCACUGGACAUCCUCCUGCUCAAAAGAACAAACCAUUCACUCCACGAGGAAUCACCACAGACAACCAGGGUGGACAGUUCCUCUGUUACAUAGCUUGUGGACUGAGUCUACCCCAUGGACUGUGUACAGAUACAAAUGACAAUCUGGUUGUUGCUCAACAUGGAUAUAGACAAGUGAAGAAAAUCAAAUAUCUCAAGUGA